GUACUAUAGGGGAUUUUGCGCCGUGCUUUGGGUCUUUUCACAAGUUGGUUACAAUAAAAGCACAGCCGCUGUUACAAGUAUCCCCCUUGGUUAUCAAGUAUAACAUUUUAUAUGCAGAUGCUUUGAGACAUGUCAGGAUUUUCAUUAGGUGGUGGUGGCGGAGCAUCAGGCACUGGUGGUUUCAGUUUCGGCACUCCUAAGACAACUGCCACAACUGGAGUGUCAUUUAAUCUGAAUGCAACUACCCAAAGCACUAGUACAGGGUUUGGAUUUGGGUCUACCACUGCAACAAGUGGCCAACAACCAACAUCAGGUGGCUUUUCAUUUGGGACAACACAACAGUCCACAGCUCCUGCUGGCGCUGGAGGUGGCGGGUUCACAUUUGGACAGCCUGGUGCUACAUUAGGCAGUGCCACAGCUCAGGCAACUGGGUUAGGUGGUUUGGGGCAAAGUGUGACUACAACUGCAGCAGUUCCACAGUCGUCAGGCUUCUCAUUUGGUCAGUCUGCUGCACAGACAGCUGCCAAACCUACAGCCUCACUGGCAAGUACUUUGACGAGCACCCCUGCAGGUGGACUGAAAUUUGGGCGUGUAGUUGGAACAACUACCACAGCCAGUAUCACUCCUGGUAAUGUAUCUUUUGGAGGCCUCAAGGCAGUGACAACUGCUGCAACAGCUGGUCUGGGUGGGACAGCUACCACAUCUUUUGGUCUUGGAGGAGCAGGAACAACCACAGCUUCCCUUGGAUUGGGUGGAACUCCUGUUGCAACCGUGGGUCUUGGCGGGACACAGUCUACGUCCUUAGGUGUUGGUGGAGCCACUACCACAACCCCAAGUCUAGGUGGAACCACUGCAACAACAAGCAGUGCAACUACUACCACUCAAGCUGGGACUGGUUUUAAUUUAGCAGUUACAUCAUCUUCGGGUCUUUCAUUAGGAGGAGGACUUAAAUUUGGUGUCACAGCCACAACAUCCACGCCAGCAUCAUCCACAGGAGGGUUCUCAUUACCUGUCCUGUCCACAGCAACUACCACAACAGCUCUGGGGACUGGCACAGCCUCCACUUCUGUCACAUCAACCACCACAACUUUGCCUGCUAUGAACUACAGCCAGCUGGAAAAGGCAAUCAACAAGUGGACCCAUGAACUUGAAGAGCAGGAGAAAAUAUUUAUACAGCAGGCAACACAAGUUAAUGCCUGGGACAGGCUGUUAAUAGAAAACGGAGAAAAGAUUACCCAGUUGAACUCGGAUGUAGAAAAGGUGAAGAUAGAUCAGCAGAGAUUGGACCACGAACUUGACUUUAUCUUAGCUCAGCAGAAAGAAUUGGAAGAGAUGCUGGUCCCUCUUGAAAAGACCAUAGAGCAACUGCCACCUAUAAGUUACCAGCAACAUGCAGACCUGGAAAGAGAACACACGUACCAGUUAGCCGAAAAUAUCGAUGGACAACUGAAGAGAAUGGCUCAGGAUUUAAAGGAGAUAAUUGAACAUUUGAAUGCUACAAAUACAAGCCAGGAUUCCAAUGAUCCAAUCCAGCAAGUUUCAAAGAUUUUGAAUGCACACAUGGAUUCACUUCAGUGGGUGGAUCAGAAUACAGCAUUGCUUCAGAGAAGGGUGGAUGAGAUCUCCAAAUUGGCAGAACAAAGAAGAAGGGAACAAGAAAGAAACUUCAGAUUAGCCUACAACUGAAUGCAGCUUUUGCUGGAUUUUCAGCUUAUUGACACUCACUGUACAUAACACUCAUGAGAUGUCAUAAAGGCUGCCCUUUGCCGUACAUUCUUCUUGUUUGAAAUGAAGUGACGUGAAGUUCAUAUUUUUGGCACCAUGUCAUUCUGGAAGUGCAUCACAAACAAGACCAAAACAUUGUAGUUCUGUAUGAAGGUGAAAAGUGACCAGUGUCCAGUAACACAGUAACAGAUAAAUAGAAUAAAACUUUCAUCACUAGUUUUGUGUGGUGCCAUAAUGACAGAAGAGGGUUAACUAGGUCAGCAAGAGAACACUAUACCUGUAAUUUUGUUCAGGUGCAGAGUACAGCAGAUGUACAGAUAUUGAGCUGAUUGUGCACAAAGUGUUACCUGGUCUAACAGGAGGUACUUCUUUUUAAUUAUGCCCUCAGCUUCAUAUAUUCCAAACAGAACAUAUAUAUCCUAUUCUAAGAGAAACAACCUAUUUGGAAGUAUUCAUAUAAGAUAGUUUUGCAGUCUGUAUGUUUUAAAUAACUAUCAACAUAGGUUCCAGGAAUUGGGAUUACUUAAAAUGUUUUAUUGAAUGGAGCAAAUUGCUAUCCCCCAAAAUAAUCCAUUAUAAUCCAAUAGAAUUUCACUCAUUUGCCCAUCCUUACUUGUAAGAAUGUGAUCUGUUGUCGACUUUGACUUGUCGGUAAGGAAAGUUUGGCGAAUUUAUAUCCUUCCCACUGGCACCUAAGUGGCACCAUGGUGGUAGAAUUAUUUUCCAGUCCGCUUUGAGUGGUUUAAUUACACAGCAUGCUGUGGGGAGAUGGUGCCUUGUUGUUUGACCUGUUGCUUUCAAGCCAUAAACUGUCCAGAGUGUGUUAGUGUUAUAGACAACUCUUCUCUCUCAAACGUUUGAUGAAAAUAUAUUUUAGAUGGAGAAUUAGCUUUAGUUAAAUAUAAAAUAAACGUUUUUGAUGAUAAAAAUGACUUUUUUAUUAAUUGCAAAAUGUUUAAAUGACUGCCUGAAAUUACUUGUAGGUCACAAGAAUUUAUUUUGAAGAGGAAAUCUCAAUCUCCAAGGCAGGCUUUCAAGUUCAGAUCUAAGAAAAAUUUGUUUGUCAAUAGAGAUUGUGCUGGUUAUAUAGUUUGCUUUAAAAAACUAACGGUUAUUACAAUGAAUCGGGUACAUUUGUCUUAGAAUCUAAUAAAGUAAUUAUUUUAAAAUAUCAGACCGUAUGUGUUUGUCUGUAUACAUGUACAUGUUCACCCUGCAAAACGUACCGAAGUACGACCUGUAAAAUCAUCAAGAAUCUACUCGACCUAUAUGAUAUACUAGGAGUUCCUUGCACAGGAUUCAGUGUUGCCUUAAGAAGAAAGCUGUUAGUUCCAUC